CCGACCGGCGCCUCUCGUGGUACCUUCUGGCACCAGAUCACUCCUCGCUGGGGCGGGACGCGGUCCCACAGCUCCGUUCACUAUGCUCGAAGCCGCACCCCGAAGGCUCUGCUAUCGCAGACCACCGCCUCUGCCCCUCUGUCCAGCUCUGCCCAGGUGGCUGAGUCGCUUGUCCCCGGAUGCCAGCAAGUCUUUGGAGCCAGGACCCACUUGGGGAGACGGCCUCAGGUUGCAGCAAAGUGAAACAUCUUUCAACCUAAUAUCAGAAAAAUGUGACAUUCUAUCAAUUCUUCGGGAUCAUCCUGAAAACAGGAUUUACCAGAGAAAAAUCCAGGAACUCAGCAAAAGAUUCACCGCAAUCCGCAAGACCAAAGGGGAUGGAAACUGCUUCUACCGCGCCCUGGGCUAUUCCUACCUCGAGUCUCUGCUGGGCAAGAGCAGGGAGAUCCUCAAGUUCAAAGAGCAUGUGCUGCAGACCCCAAAUGACCUUCUGGCUGCUGGCUUUGAAGAGCACAACUUCCAGAAUUUCUUUAAUGCCUUUUACAGCGUGGUAGAGCUGGUGGAGAAGGACAGCUCGGUGUCCAGCCUGCUCACGGUGUUCAACGACCAAAGCUUCUCCGACCGCAUCGUGCAGUUCUUGCGUCUGCUCGCGUCAGCCUUCAUUAGGAACCGCGCCGACUUCUUCCGCCAUUUCGUUGAUGAGGAGAUGGAUAUCAAAGACUUCUGCAGUCAUGAAGUGGAGCCCAUGGCCAUGGAGUGUGACCACAUCCAGAUCACGGCCCUGUCCCAGGCACUGAACAUCUCCCUGCAGGUGGAGUAUGUGGACGAGAUGGACACCGCCCUGAACCACCACGUGUUCCCCGAGGCUGCCAUCCCUUCCGUUUACCUGCUCUAUAAAACAUCCCACUACAACAUCCUUUAUGCAGCUGAUAAACAUUGAUUAAUUUUAGGCCAUGCAGUGGAACCUGUCGCCUGACGGAA